UCAAAAUGGCGGAGCUUGGAAAAAGCGAACGACGCGUCCUGCCGUGCGUGCUGCAGAAAAACAAUUAAAAAAAGUACGCGGGGUUUUGUUAGACAAGUGCGUGCAGCGGAAUAAACCGAGGGCCGACUAGUGGCGUUGGCGAUCAACUGCCGGCUCUGGUUGUAUGAGUGGUGAAGCCGUGCAAGCAGUGCACGCAAAGGAUAUCGGGACGGAAACGCGUGUAUGUGUGAAUGUGAGUGUGUUCUAAUGCGUAAGUGUAUAGGAAGGAGGAAGGAUUGAUCACACUGUCGAAUGUUAUCUGAAGAAACGUCACAUUGGCAAAAAACAACAGAAGAAAGAGGAAGAAAACAAGUGCGACGGACGCGCAAGAAGUGUGGCUAGUGCGUUGAUGGUGUUACAAUACGUGCGCGCGCGUUUGUAUGUGUGUGAAUGUCGUAUUUGAAUACCCGUAUCGUCUGAGCGUUCACCGCCACCGUUCCUGCGAUUGGCUGUUUGCCUGUGCUGCAGAAGAAAGAAGAAAUCACCAGGUGGCGCCAUUUGCGAGGAUCACUAGAAGUGUAAAUUAAGUACAGGCAGUUAUAGAAAAAGAUCUAGUUAGUACCUACCGCGAAAGGGUGUCUCCUCGUGUGCCGGGAGUGUGUCGGUACGAGUAUAUGCCGCCCGUGCGUGUUAACGCGUGAGUGAAAGUGUGUUUGUGUGUGUGUGUGUGUGUUAGCCGCUGCAUGCAGUGGUGCGAGGAAGCAAAGAAGGAAGGUGCAUUGUUUAUGUUCACGCGUUAAAGAGAGAGAGGAAGCGAGAAGGCAGGAAGCCAGAAAGAAAGAGAUAGAGCGAGAAUGAUAAAGAGGGCAGUGAUGUGAAAAAAGUUGCACGCUGUUUGAUUCACCUUUCUCGUUAGCAGUGUGAAUGUGUGAUAGAAUUCAGCUGCCCUGCAAAGGUGUAUAUAAAAGGACGCGAAACUAGAAAAAGUACGGGAAUCAGCAUCAACAAAAAAAGGAGAGAAGAUAUCACGGCUAAGGGACGUGGUAAAAGGGCACGCAGCUAUGCUACAAGAGUAGCGUAAAUUGUAUUAUAGAAAAUAUACAACAAAAGCUACAACUGUGUGCGAAAAAGCUGAUAACGUAAAAGAACUAAUCCUAUUCGAAAGGAAGACUAGAUUCCCAGAGUGCUGGUAGAAUUUUCCUUAACAAGCGCCUUUUAACAGGCGCGCCCGCCGGUGUUAGUGCGUGUAGUUUUACAAAAAAAAGAUAGUUCACCAAACAACAGCAACUAUGACAACCAACAUGUAUCGUGUCGGAGACUAUGUCUACGUGGAGACAUCGUCAACGACACCGUACCAGAUUCGGCGCAUCGAUGAGUUGAACAAAACACCGAACGGCAAUGUUGAAGCGAAAGUGAUGUGCUUCUACAGGCGAAGGGAUCUUCCGACACCGCUCGUGCAAUUAGCCGAUAAGCACCAGAUGGCCACAUCCGAGGACUCCCCGGCGGCAAUGAAGCUGAAGAAGAUGUGGCUUAAGACACCCGUCAGCGAAGAGCAGGCCGCCCAGGCGGUGCUAGAUCCUGCCCUAGUUGCUUUGGAAGAGGAGCGUAACAACAGUCCCAACAGUGGCGCUGGUAGUGGCGAACGUGGGGAGCAUCUUAAUCCGAAGCAACGGCAUCAGAUGAAGCAGCGGGAACUGUUCCUGUCGCGCCAAGUCGAAACACUCCCUGCCACCCAGAUACGGGGCAAAUGCUCCGUAACGCUGCUAAACGAAGAGGAAUCAUUGCUCAGUUACUUGAACAAAGACGACACAUUUUUUUACUGUCUCGUGUUCGAUCCAACGCAGAAAACGUUGCUCGCGGACAAGGGUGAGAUUCGAGUGGGUGCUCGCUAUCAGACGGAUCUGCAGCAAAUGCUGAAACCGGGCGAAAAGGACGAUCGCAACAUAGAGGAGCUAGAGACGCUUGUGUGGACGCCGCAACAUUCGCUUACCGAUAAGAAGAUCGAUCAGUUUUUGGUAGUGUCUCGAUCGGUUGGCACCUUUGCGAGGGCACUCGACUGUACCAGCUCUGUCAAGCAACCGUCCCUACAUAUGUCUGCAGCAGCUGCAAGCCGUGAUAUUACCUUAUUUCAUGCUAUGGAUACGCUCCAUAAACACAACUAUUCGAUAGAGACUGCAAUGUGUUCGCUGGUUCCAUCGAGCGGGCCAGUUCUUUGCCGGGACGAGAUGGAGGAAUGGAGCGCCUCGGAAGCGAAUCUGUUUGAAGAUGCGCUCGAUAAGUACGGCAAGGACUUCAACGAUAUCAGAAACGACUUUCUUCCGUGGAAAACGCUGAAAAGCAUAGUGGAGUACUACUAUAUGUGGAAAACGACAGAUCGCUACGUGCAGCAGAAGCGUGUGAAAGCGGUCGAGGCGGAAUCCAAGUUGAAACAGGUCUACAUUCCGAACUACACCAAACCGAGCCCGGCAUUGAUAACGAACAAUAACAAGGGCAUAUUGAACGGAAAUUCAAAUGGAGGCAGCGUGGACAUGAUGAUGUAUAGCAGCACCAAGGCAUGUGAAUCUUGUACUACAAUGGCUUCGCAGCAGUGGUACUCGUGGGGUCCAGUGCACCUAAACAAUCGGCUGUGUCAGAACUGUUGGAACUAUUGGAAGCGUUACGGAGGCCUUAAAGUUGCAUCUAGACUAGCGGACAACGGGGAGGUCGAUCCGGUGGCCACGAUCAACACCAGUAGCAGCAAUGCGUCGCCGGUUUCGCUGAAGAAACGAAACCCCGGCAGCGAUAUCGAUGAUGAUCUUACAAUUGUCGCUAGUACCGGUCCAAUCGCGGGUGGCCUCAGCGGGGUAACCACUGUCACUGGGUCUCCUGGCGGUGGUUUAAGUAAUCACCGACCACACAGUCCUUCAUUUAAAUGUUCCAUUGUGAACUGUGGUAAGGAAUUCAAGCUGAAGGCUCACCUGGCUAGGCACUACGCACAAGCCCACGGCAUACAGAUACGAUCCGGCUCGCCACGACCCAUCAUGAAAACGCGCACCGCAUUCUAUCUGCACACGACCUUAACGACACGACUGUCCCGCCGGUUAUGUCGACAGAUAAUACGAUCGAAAAAGGCCGCUCGUCAACCCUCUUACGCGAUUAACAUUGCCAGUGUUAAGCAAGAGUUUGCAAACGCGGAAGCUGGAAAAAGUAUAACGGAGAUCCGACGGUUGCUCACGUUCCGGAAGAAAGAUCGUGGCAGCGUUACGCAAAUCGCAAACCGCCUCGGCAAUCCGGGUGUCAGUGUUAACGAAUGGUUGGUACUAACGCCAAAGGAGAACAUGCCGAAACCCGACGUGGUAGCGUUUCCGAAACCACCGAAAGCUCCCGACGGCACGCUGUUGUACGAUCGGAUACCAAAUAAGGGUGAAGAGGCUGGCGCCAAACCGCCAAAUGUGGUCACCACUACACCAACGACAGGAGUGCUCGGUGGAGCAGCAGCACUGCCGGGAACGGUCGGUGGUGCUCUCAGUGGUAAGCUAGCACCGUUGGUCGGUUCUGGCGGUCUAGCUGUAACACCGAUUGUGGUCGGCGGCAGUAACAGCAGUUCCACAACAGCAUCAACUUGUUCUGCGGUGGGUGGAAGUGCCGGCAGUACUGGAUCCACUUCUGGUGGAGUUGGCAGUAGCGGUAUGCCAGCGAUCAAUCUGCAUGCAAGUACUUUGUCAUCUAAUAGUUCACCGAGUGGCCAGGGUUCUACUACUGGUAGUAGCUUAGCUUCCUCUGGGGCGACGUCAUUGAAGCGUCGACCGUACGAAGAUGCAAAUGGAAUCGAUGCUACUAUAGCACCACCGGCCAAGCGACCGAAUAAGGAUCCCAGGCCAUCGCAUCGGCCUACACCUGAGCAAUAUGCGGCAAUGAUUGCAGCGGCGCAAUCCGCUGGACAGCCGCUUCCCCGACACCAUAUGAAUGGAAAACCAAAAAUUGCCCAAAUGGCUCGAACUGGUUCUGGACGAAAACAGGUGAUCAGCUGGAACGAUGCGCCGGAUGAUGUUUUUUACCGUUCCACCAAAGCUGGCCGUAAACUGCGGCGAGAAAUUCCUAUAGUAGAGUUACGCCGAGCUGCGCGGAAACCUUGGCGAAAUUUGCAUCCUAAGUACUCGGCGAUCGUGGCCGCCCUUUUGCCAGUGGCAUCUACGACACCUAGUCUACCAGCACAGCUUACAGCCCAGUUGGGACAUGCAGCACAACUAGCGGCCAAUGCGGUGCAGCAUCCCACUUCGGCUAACCUAAAUCUUAAUCUCAAUUCAGCGGCUGUGGCUGCUGCGGCGGCAGCUUUAGCUGGUGUUCAUCCACUAUCAGCAGCCUCGACACUUGCCCUUAGCGGAACGUUAGGCGGUGGUGGAGGCGGUCCUGUUAUAUCACCAGUCGGUGGAGUAACUUCGCUGUCUGGUGGUGGAUCUACCGGAGCAUCGAUAGUGUCUUCCGGGGCGACUGCUUUGACGAAUAGCAGCAGUAAUAACAACAACAGCGGUAGUAACAGCAGUGUCGUCAACAACAGCAGCAGUAGCGGAGGUGGUAGUGGUGCGGUCGCUACCGACAGCAAUAAAAGUGAUCUACAGGUUGUAAUCCUAGACUGACCCGAACCGCCGAAGAACAUGCACUUUUCCCAACAGCAGCACCACCAUCAACAUCAUCAGCAACAGCACCACCGCCAGCAACAAUCCAAUUUGACGAAUUCGCAUAGACAUCAGCAUCAGCAAUACCAUUCCCAUCUUCAUCUAUCUCAUCACCACAACACGCAGCAAGGUAUUCAUCAUCAACAGCAGCAGCAGCAACAGCAACAGCAACAACAUAACAUGCGACACUACAAUAACUCACACUUACAGCAACAUCAGUUACACCAGCAACAGCAGCAGCAACAACAACAGUUGCUGCUCCAGCAACAAUACCAGCAGCACCAGCAGCAACAUCCUACGCAACUGGCGCCACCGAUAACACACCACAACAGCUAUCAUCAACACAGUCACCUGCUACAUCGACAACAGAACCAAUCUCAGCAACAACCACCACAUCCCUACACCAUGGAAGCACUGCUCAAUUAAUAUGCUAAUGCAACACAAGCAAACACAAACAAACAAACAAACAAGAGAAGAAAAUCACAAAACGAUGGCAAUGAUGAAUGCUGUUAACAGGGAAGCAAAACCAGCUCUUUUGGAUCCUUAGAAUCCUUUCGCAUGUGAUCCAAAGUUUGUGGGGGCUAGCAGAUAUCAGCUGUGUAGCUCUGCAAGUUUUGAAAGAAUCAGUUGUAUUGUACAAACAGAAAAUAAUCACCCCACUGGUUGGAUAAUAUAGUGACUGAUCGUCGAUUUUCUUUCCAUUGCACCGUGAGUAAAAGCUGCAUCUUUGAGUAGUAGGUUUAGUUUUUAAAACCUAAAAAGACUAAGGAUACUGACAGCUACAAAUUAGCGACUUCAAACAAGCAAACAAACAAAACAAACAAACAAACAAAAAAACACACACACACACGCAACAAACGUAAUGGAAGGGAUCAUACACAUAAGCAUAGUAGCAAAGCGAAUAGAAGCCACGACAGAAGAGUAAGCAUUAGUUAGAACGAAAAAAAAUGAUGGCGCUAAAAGAAACCCGGUCACGAAGGGAAUGAAUGAAUGGUUUGUGUAAUUGAUGAUGUACGGAGAAGGGGGCACUACGACGAUGCCCUGAAUUUUAGUUGAUAACAUUAAUGAUCUAAAUUAGAUGAACGAUCUUAGAAGUAAAAAAAAUGUUUAAAAGGCGUAAGAAAGAACUGUAAAAGAGAAAGAGAGAGAAUGGGAAAUAGAAAGUGUGUGAGAGAAUGAAAGAGAAGAAUGAAUUAAAAUGGACCUAUUGAGCCCUGCCCCCCUCAGGUCCUCAUCCAUUUACUUUUUCUAGUAGAUGUGUUUAGAUCAAGUAGUUGGGAGAGAGGACUGAAAACAAAGGAAGGACAUGGAACGAUGUGGUCUAAAAUUGUAAUAGCAUACUCAUGCGCAAGGAUGAUAGAAGAGACAAAGCGGUAACAAAAUAUGAAACACAAUAUUAUUACAACUAGUGACGAACAUGAACGUACGUAAUACAUACAAUUGGGUUAAUGUCUCGAAAUACAUACACACACAUAACACACCUUUGCACAGUAGAACACUAUCUAACGGUGACGAAGUGAAUGGUCGACGAAUGAAAGAAACACUAUAGAAAGCCGAGCUAUAUAUGACCUAUCCUUCGUUAAGAGGGCGAAUGUGUACAUGAAAGAUUGCUGGAGAAAUAAGUGAGUGAGAGAAGACACCGCAUAUUGUCGAAAAGAUAGAUUGAUAAGGUAAAACAAUGGGAUGUAGAGUGUAAAGAAACAAAUAAACGCUGCGCUCGCAGAUUGCGUAAUUAACGUGUAACUAGCGUAACUAAACGUGCAAGCUGACCUUCCUCUUUGGACCGAGCAAUCCAAUUCACCAUUAUCGGGUGAAGGUCGUCAUCAUUUAAACCUUUUUUGUGACGUAGAAAACAGCUUUGAAACACCAAUUACAGAUGUAACAUUGCAUGGAACGUGCAUGUGUGAAACAAAGCCACAGCCAGGAAGGAUUGUUGAUUUUUUUUUUGUACAUCUCUGUCUAUUUUGAUGGGAUGAAUUCAGGAUGAACAAACAGCAUCUGAUCUUGAUCCUCCUCCCGUAUUCGCCCACCUGCUGGCAAUCGGAAUAAGGGAGCAUUACAAUGAUUCAUGUACUUUCGCUUUUAAAAUUUGAAUUGUGGGAAACUGUCUUGUAAUGUUUGUCUCACACACUUUCGGAAUAGGAUGAAAGAUUCACAAAAUAGAAACAUUAAUUCAACGUCCACUUUAUGCGAAAACAAAAGGAAAAGACAUAUUACCAGGCAGGUCAAAAUACUGUAGUUGGCGGCUUGAUUGCGGUGCUUUCUCUUUCACCUUCAUUCACGCACUUUGGGGCUAUUUCAAACGAAGUGCUCACCUGUAGUUAAGUUAGCAAACUUGCAGAACCUACCCACACAGCGAAUGUGGUUCAUUUAUCGAUAUUUUUGUCCUGUUUUUAUUUCCAGUACUUGAAUUACCAUGCCGAACAAAGACUGAGUAGCAAAACGAGAAGAUAAGAGAAUACAAGUAGAGAGAAGCGUGUAAUAAGAAUGUGUGCCGAAUGCGAAAUGCCGAAUGUACUAGAGGAAGAAGCGAACAUAAUGUGUUUUAAUAGUUUCGUUUAUUGGUUUUGUGUCCGUUUCUGUUCGAUCCGUAAGCUAAUCAUGUAUCUUGCGCCGUUGGAUAAUAUAUGCUUUAAAAUCAAACUUAGUUACUAACUUGACUGUUGUCCGUAUAUAGGUAGCACAUCGAAACAAUACUUAACUGUGGAGUUGUUUUUUUUUUUCUUCAAGCGCUCAUUUGCUUCUACAAAAAAGCAAUGCAAUAAAGCGAACCAACAGAAACAGGAAAAAGGAUUAAAGGAAGCUCUUGAAAGAUUAAAAGCCAAUUAAAUUUGAAUUACACCUGAUGACUUUACCAUGCCAAGUGGUAAAUCCGUUCGAUUUUUACUUUAAUGACGUUUUACUACACAAAUUUCGAAACAAUGUCCCUCAUAUUGAGAUGUAAGGGCAAAGGAGUAAAUAGAAAACAAACAUAAAUGGAGCAGUAAAAGAAAGAGAUUUUAAUACGUUGACAAAAAUAAUUUAAUAUUAAAUGCAGUACCGAUCCCUUAGAAAAAGGUUUUUUUUCUACUGUAUAGGAUAGCCAACUAGGCGAUUUUUGUGUUAGAGGAUGAGUAAAUUUUGUGGACAGAUUUAAACAAACUCGGUAUAGGUUUUAGAGCUAAUGCGAAUCACAUUUAGCAGAAAGAUAUGCGCACGUGAUUAUCUGUUCCUACUGCGGUGAACAGAAUAGAAAAGGAAUAAAAAUAAUGUACCAAGGUAAAGUUUGGAGUCGGUUCAAUUCGCAAACAUUUGAACACGGUAGUAGAAAGCGAAACACUUUGUGAGAUGAGAGAGAAAACACACAAAGGAUCAGUAAUUCUUUCUGGCAUCUGUUGUAAAGCUCGGGAUGAACCGUCGAUCGUCAAAUUUGUUCGAAGGUGCAUAACAAACUCUUUUUCCCUACAUGAUAAAAAGAAAAUAUAACUUGCAAUUAUUUCA